AUGGAUUUUGUGAUUGAUAGAUUUCCAAAUUACCCUGAGAACGUUCUUCUUUCGAGCUCUUCCUCCCCAUAUAAAGAUUCUAAUUUCUUCCUCUGCUCACUGGCCUCCUAUAUACUCGGGUUACUCACCGUAGUGACCCUACUCUUAUGCGAGCCGGGAUUAUCGGACGUUGACCGCGUCAUUACCUUGAACAUCGACAAGAAUGCCGAUCAUACCAGGUUCAUCGUAGAAAAACAUGUAAUAGACGAUAUAUUUUUCUACGUUUAUUAUCCCAGACUGGGAUUUCAAGUAGAGUCUGUCUAUAUCGGCUGUUUCAAGGGCUGGAUAAAGAAUUUCGAUUUAAAAUCAGAUUUUUGUUAUGCGUUGGCAAACUACGACUACAUUCACGAUGACGGUCUAUUCUAUGAAAUAGGGACCGCCACAGCUGCUUAUUCUCGAGAUCAUCAAAAAGUGAUAUUACAAUGCCCUAAGCUCAAAGAUCAUCUCAUAAGAGCUUCCAUCGUUUUAAAAUACAUUAAAGAGACACAUUAUUUCGAUAAAACCAAUCUAAAGAAUGUAAUAACAGAAGUAGAUAAAGCAAAUUACCAGGAGCCACCAGGCUAUCUAAGAAAUGCCAAUUCGUUAGAUGUUUCAGAUUCAUUGUUAACAAUACUUCAUUUUGGGUCAGUGGGCGCGUUUGUGGACUCAUCCCUCAGUCAAGCGCAUCGAGCGAGUCAGAAUCAAGCAGAGUCAAACACUGAUGGUGCUAGUACAUCGCAGAGAGUACCAGAAGAAUCAAGUAGUCACACAGAAGGUAAUCAGCAACAUUCAGAUAGGGUAACAGUCAUUGAAACGCCUCGCUUUGCGGUAUCUAUUACAGACGACUACCACUCUCAUACUUCGGAAAGUCAAAACGCGAAUAGUGCUUCGAACGAUACACGACCACAUUCCCCAACGCUUGCUCCUAUUGCUGAAGAAGAGGAUGACGAUCCCACAAUAUCACUUUCACUAGAUCCAACCAGUACAAUAGACCAACAGGAAACUUCUACGGAUGAAAUGAAUACAGAAGGGGCUGCAUCUGCUGAGGAUCACUUUGAAAACGAAGCAGAUAAGAGUUCUGAAGAAUCAAUUUCUUCAGUACAACCGGCCACUGAGUUGACUGGAGCAGAAGAUCAUCCUACCUCAGAUCAGCUUGACUCAGAACAAGUAGAAACUGAAGAUUCAGCUUCAAUAGAGCUAACACAGUCGACAACUGAAGAUGUAUGUGAACAAAGUGUGUCCGAAUUUGCUAGUUUUACAGUUCCUAACGACAAUCAAUCAGUAUCAGAGGAUCCUGUUGAAUCUUCAGAUUUUCAGUAUACAGAUGGUAAGGCAGCUAUGGAGAACCAAGUUACUGAGCCAAGUGGUACAAACGAGCAGGAAUCUUCUACUGAUCAACCAGGUUCUGCAGAAGCUAUUACUGAAGAGCCCAGUCAUCAAGAUACUAGUACAAUUGCUGAUCCUGAAGAUAAUUCAGAUUUAUCUGAAUCAGGCGAAAAAAUCGAAUCUGCAGAAAUCACUUCUCAAGAUACAACCAUCUUGGCCGAAUCAGAGUCUACUACUGAUACAGCUGAGUCCGAUUCAGAGAAUACUUCUGUUUUACCUGAGUCUGAAUCAGUACUUACUACCGUUACCGUAGAAUCUGAGCCUAACGAAAAAGUAGAAACCAGUUCAGUGGCUCAAGAGGAGACACAGGACACUCAAGCACAGGAGGCUGAACAUAAUUCAUCACAGUGUCACAGUGAAAUUAAUACUUCACAAGAUACCAGUAUUGUUCAAUCAGAAUCACCAGGUGAAGAAGAUGCCACUGUUGAAAACGAAAAUCAAACUUUCACUGAACCAAAUGCAUCCGAAGAUUCAACUUCAUUACAAUCAGGGCCACCCACAUCUGAAAUUGGGGAACAAGCUAUAUCCGAAUACUCCACGUCACCUACUUUUGCAGAACCUUAUACAGAAGCUGUAGCUGACGAAUCAAAUCAACAGGACCAACAGAAUACAGCAAAUCAGCAGGAACAACCGACAAUAGCAAAUCAGCAGGAACAACCGACAAUAGCAAAUCAGCAGGAACAACCGACAAUAGCAAAUCAGCAGGAACAACUGGCAGAUCAAGAAGUAGAAUCUACACAGCAACCUGACUCAACAACAGCUCAAGUUCAGCCUCAAUACACAUCGACUGAAAAUAACACUGAACACACACCAUCAGAAGAUUCUAAUAUAUCAAUUGAUCAAGAUCUACCUACAGUUCACACAACCCCCCUAGAAGGGUCUUUUGAAGAUUCUGGCAAUUCACUUCUCCCAGAGUCAUCAACUGAUCAGCCUGAGAAUACUGAACUAACGCAGUCACCGAGCCAUACAUCUGAGCAAUACACGGAGCCAGUACAGCGACGAUCAUCUACGUUUCACAUAGACGCUGAGCCAACUUCCACCAUGGAAGACACAUCAAAAUCAAAUUUACGAGCUGCAGACCCCUCUGAAAAUGAAUCACCGAAAUCUUCUGGUCACUCUGAUCCUAAUGACAAAGAUGUAGAUGAAAUUACCUCUGAGAGUUUGGAGAAUAAGCCUGAAUUAUUAUCAAAUGAUCAACAAUCUACUCCAACACAGGAUGGUUGUAUCUGGUUAUAA